GUUAGUUAGUGAGCGGUGACUUGUAGUAGUACUGUAGUAGGGUUUUAGUAUUUGUAGUUAAGCGAGCGGGGUUCAAGCGUAAUGGCUUCCUUGCUUUGUAAAUCAGCGGUGAGGGUGGGUUCUAGAUCCUUCGCUAAUCGUUCUAGAAGCUUCGUUCAGAGCUCAACGACUCCGUUUCUGCUCUCUUCGGCUUCCUCACCACGCAUCCCUCUGGCUUCAAGGGUUUUGUCGGUUGUGAUAAGCGUUGAGUCGUUGAUGCCUCUUCACAGUGCUAUCGCUGAUGCUAGGCUUACGUCGAAUAUCGCUUUCGAUUCCACGUGCUGGAGCUCGCUUUCUCGAGACUUUGCAGUUCCUCGGUGACAAGGACUAAAGGAUUCCAUCAUAUCAAAUCCUAGUUGGGUUGGUUAAUGUUGGUUAACAUCUCACUCCUGGUCUAUUUAUUUUAUGGCUGUCACGUGAAUGGUAUUCCCAUCAUACCUUGGAGCAUAACAAUCCAGUUUGAAAAACAGUAUUAUUCUUUUAAUAAUGUGAACCUCAUAUCUAUUUGCUCAAUAUUUUUAUAUAAGGUAACGAUUUUAAAUUUUGAUGAAUGGUCUUUCACCUCCAAUUUGAAUUAUGCUUUAGAGAAAGUGCCCGGCAGCUAGUUACUAAUCCCAUUGGUCCAGAAAGGAUUAUCUGUAACCUUUUUUUAAACCUGAUAUUUCUUUUGAA